UCAACGAAGACUUCGAAAACAAAGGAAGAACCGUGGAUCGACUAUAGCAUCGUGCUUGGACAAGACCACCAGAGGACGGUUCGAUCAUACCGCGGUGCAGCUACAAUCGGCCUCGGUGCCUUAAAAGUGUCGGAACAGUCGGGAGUUCUAUCCAGAGCAGAGGUGAACAAAUUUACGUUGCCUCUGUAUGCUAAAGACAAUUCAAUUUGA